CAAGCUUUAGCACCGACGGCACACUGAGUAAGAGGCAAGGCAUUCGUGAUUGGGGAACGAUCCCGUAUUUUCAGCGCGGUAAAUCCAAAUCGAGCAACAAUGUUGUCGUUCUUUCUGGCGACUGCCGCUUGCUUGCUGUACGUCUCUACGGUUAACGGUGCAUCUGAUCCAGAAUAUGAUCAUCAGAAGACGACGUACAAGGCGUCAUUUGAGCCGAUUAGCUGUCGCGACUCUGUCACGGCGUCGCCAUUCUUUUCACCCGACAGCUCGAUCGAGAUGUACGUGCAGCUAAUUGAGAGUGCAACAACUUCUAUUGACUUAUACACUCCAGGUUUUUCAAGCUGGAGUCGAUGUACUCCCUUUGAAGGGUGUACUGGAUGCUCGUUAAGCAAUAUGCGCAAUGAGUCAUUCCCUGUAUUUCCAGCAUUGCUAAAUGCUGUUCAUGAAAAGAAUGUCAAGGUUCGUAUUAUGACAAAUGACUAUGGACAGAAAACAUGUCAAGACAAAAUAUCUCCUCUCGAUUGGCUUUAUCUUAAUGGCAUUGAAGUGAAGACAUUUCGGUCAGUCACAUUUAUGCAUUCCAAGGUGAUGAUUGUUGACAAAGGCAAAAAAACGUCUAUAUCAUCUGUCAACUUCAGUUACACGUCAUUUAAUGAGAACCGAGAAGCAGGUGUCGUUAUGUCUGAAGAUUGCAAGGAGGCUGUGUCAUUUGUGUUAUCAGUGUUUGAAUAUGAUUGGAACAAAGGAAGCACGUAUUCUCCAACCAACACAUACAGCAGUGCAGAGAUAGAGUACAUCACAAACUCAAGUUCUUUGCCUGUCCGCCUACCGACUCCUCGUCAUAUUCCAGAUGCUUUCGUAACCAUUGUUUCAAAUGUCUCUAAUGUGGAGCUGACUGCUCUUUAUACCAGUCCAGACUAUGCUCUUUCAGAACUUAACAAGACUUUGCAGUCUGUUAAAAAGAGUUUCCAACUUAUGAUUUAUCAGAUCACUGAUUCACAACUCUGUAGCGCUAUUGCCAACAUGAAGUCAAAUGGUAUUGAUGUCAAACUGUUAGUAUCAUCACACAUCUUUUCUACUACAGACUGGAGAAGUGCACAGGCUUGUUACGGCAUGCUUCAUAAAAACGGGGUUGUCAUACAGAAGACACCUUCUUACUACACAUAUUCACAUCAGAAGUUUUGGAUAGUAGACGGAGAAGAAGUUCAUCUUAGCACAGGAAAUUGGUCUCCAACUGACUACCCAGUUGGAAACGUAUACCCACCAUAUGGAGCAACAGGUUGGCAAGAUUCAAACAGAAACUUUAUUGUGGGUAUGAAAAGUUCACAAAUAGUGAAAAUCUUUGAGGGCGUGCUGGAAGGAGACUGGAAGAAUGGAGUUCUUUGGAAACCAUACCAUUGACUUUCUAAACAGGGACUUCAGCUUGGUGGUUGUCUCUACUGUACCUUGUAUUUGCUGAUUAGCCCGUUCUUUGCCGGACAAAUUAAUUAGUUAAUUAACAGUUACACAAAUUCUCAUUUAGUACACUCCAGUUAUUCGGCGAAGGCAAGACAAAAUCCUGAGUAGCCUGU